AUGACUGGCAACAUCUACGAAAAAUGGUUGAGAGAUUUAGAUAACCGUUUUUCAACAGAGAAGCGCAAAGUUCUCCUAAUCGUGGACAAUUGUACUGCACACAUGGAAGUCACUGGGCUUCAGGCAAUCCGUGUGGAAUAUCUCCCACCAAAUGCAACUGCAGUUUUACAGCCAAUGGAUCAGGGGAUAAUCAAUAGUUUCAAGCGAAAAUAUAAGACAGUGCUCUUGCAAAGAGUAAUCCUUAGCUUGGAAAAGGAACAACCUUAUCAGAUUGAUAUUCUUGGUGCAAUGCAUUUAUCAAUCAGUGCAUGGAAUGAUGUUUUAGAUGAAACAAUUUCUAAAGCUUUUCGACAUGCAGGUUUUAUUAAAGAAACAGACGUAACUGAAGAAAUCCAUGACAAUAGAUCUCACGACGAAGAUGAGGUUCUCAUGCAUGAACUUCGCCGUAGAAAAUCCACAGUUGCCAGAACUUUCAUUCGAGGAUUUUUUAAAUGUGGAUUCUAA